AAUCUUCAAUAAAAUAAAAAUGUGAGAAUAUUUGAAUGCGACUAAACGGAAGAUUAGCUUCCAGGGCCACCGUGCGCCCCCUGGAGGAGUAAAGACGAUUUAUUUUGUGACGCCCGAUGUAUUAACGCGCGGACUUCUGUGUGAGAUGUUCAGCGGCAUCGGGUGACCAAGUAGCGUCAUAAAGAGAGCACCUGUUUGUUUGGAUCACGCCGUGCCGAACUGGUUGUGUGCCGAACCUUCAGGAAGACAGCAGAUAAACAACUACUCCUACAUAGGCUAAUCUUUGUUCAGUCAGGGUCAACUACGAAUAAUGGCAGCUCAGAAGAAUAAACACGGACUCCUGGCUAUUAAAGAAUUGGAGAAUAUUCUAGACACAUGUAAAGUUGAACUAACUCAAGUCGAUGAGGUGUGGCCAAAUCUAUACAUCGGAAAUGUGGCAAUUGCUCAAAAUAGAAAUGCUUUAAAGAAAAUGGGUAUCACUCAUGUGUUAAACGCUGCCCAUUCUAAGCAAGGAAGCAUCGGGGACCAAAGCUAUUAUGGCAAUUCAAUUGUAUAUUACGGGAUCCCAGCAGAAGACUCUUCAUCAUUUGACCUUAGUGUGCACUUUAAACACGCUUCUGAUUUCAUCCACAAAGCUUUGAGGAAAAAGAAUGGUAAGGUGCUUGUUCACUGCAUCAUGGGAAUGAGUCGGUCGGCUACUUUGGUUCUAGCAUACCUCAUGUUGCGGCAGCGUCUUACUCUCCGUACUGCCAUCCAAACAGUGGUACUGAGGCGAGCAAUUUAUCCAAACAGGAACUUUUUGAGCCUUCUCCUGGACUUGGACAUUCAGUUACAGAGAAAGCGAAUGCUAUGUCCCAUUCUCUGACAGUCAAAACAUACAGAUGUCAUUCACACAAAUGGCCAUGAAUUCAU